CCAUACCUCUCAGUGCUGAGUGAAGGUUAUUCAGGCCUCCACACCCACACUGAGAUCAUUCGUUCUCUCAUUUCUUUUAAUCGAUGUUCUUCUCCUCUGACAGAAAUGACAUCAAGAACACUUGUUGAAUGGAAAGCGCUGAUUCUUGUCCUCUCAGCGUUUUCGUGCUGCUGGGGGCUGCACGUUUCCAUCCCGGAGGUGGAAUAUAAGGUUGCAAAGGGACAAGAUGUGGAGUUGACCUGCAAUUUCAUCCCAGCAGUUUCUAUUGCCAACAACUUCCUCCUCAGCUGGGAUGCUCAACCUGAUGUUGCUGGGACACCACUGAAAUCUGUGGCGUCCUACUUUCUGAACACUCCUGUGGACAUUGCGCCUAACUAUGAAGGCAGGGCCUCCUUGGAAGUUAACAUCGAGAGAAGAACCAGCACGCUCCGACUAACAGGGGUGACCAUGAAGGACAGCCGCACCUACCAAUGCAGUGUCAAAAUAUCCGGCGAUGACGAGGGAAUAACAGCUGCCACCACUUCUGUUUUAGUGCUGGAGCCUCCCUCUCCACCAAUCUGCAGGAUUCAGGGAAAAGUGGAGUAUUACCACGACAUCAACCUCACCUGCAUGUCUGAAGAGGGAUCUCCAAAACCAGUCUACACGUGGACAACCUUCAGUGUGGAAAACAUUCCCAGGCAAUUCCCUCCUAAGACAACUCAAAAAGACGGAGUUCUGUCUCUUUACAAUAUUUCAAGAGAGACUUCUGGGUACUUCAUCUGCACAUCGAGGAAUUCAAUUGAUGUUGCCACCUGUAAUGUUACAGUGGCUGUUGUUCCUAGUAGUAUGAACAUUGGAGCUACCGUUGGUAUAAUUGGAGGAGUUCUUGCAGGUUUACUGGUUAUUGGGAUUCUUAUUUUUUGCUUUUGCAAGAGAAAGAACAAAAAAGGCAAAUAUGUUCAAGGUUCACCAGGUGACAUUGAAUUUUCUGACAAAGACGAUCCAGUAGUUGAAGAGUUGGACAGGGAAGACAAGUCCAACACUGCGAAAAAAACCAUCAGCCAUCAAGAAGUUCUAACUGCUGUUCUUCAAAGAAAUGACAAUACUGGGGAAACGGGAGAACUGCUUGAUGUCGAUCAGUUCAGUUAUAAAAGCAGUAGCGUGGGGGUCAAAGAUGGCAAGGGCAGUGAUUUUGACUCAGUGCGUUAUCAGGACAGCCAACAUAAUACCUAUCGUGGAAGUAGGGAACAUCUUGAUGACCAACGUGACCACUAUGGAAGUCGAGAUCGCCUGGACGAUCGUCGUGAAAACUACGGCAGUCGGGAUCCCCUUGAUAAUCGCCAACGCUAUGGUAGUCGCGAUAACCUUGAUGAUCAACGUGGACGCUAUGGUGGCAGUCGUGAUCGUCUAGACGAUCGUGGUGAACGCUAUGGGAGUCGGGAUCGUCUAGAUGACCGUAGUGAACGCUAUGGGAGUCGCGAUCGUCUAGACGAUCGUGGUGAACGUUAUGGCAGUCGCGAUCGUUUGGAUGAUCGUAGUGAACGCUAUGGCAGCCGUGAUCGCCUUGAUGAUAGACGAGACCGUUAUGCCGGUAGUCGUGAUCGCCUUGAUGAUCACAGUGAUCAGUACCAGGGUAGUGACCGUGGCGACCAUUACAGUGAUCGUCACUACAGAGAUUAGAUACGUAUUUCUGAGUUACUGAAAGGCGUUUGGGAGUAUGGUAAUUGCUUUGUUUUUCAUCUUUGAAGUAGCAAUAACGCUGUUUUAGCCACUCUUUUUAAAACUUACUCCACUGAUGGCAAGAGGAUCUCAGAUUGUUUCACAUAAGCAUUGAUUUGAUUGGACAAAGAACAGAGUAAGAAUUCGUAUCAUUGGACAUGUAAUGAAAUAAUGUGAAUUCUGAAACAACAAACACUGUAAAGCUCUAACAAACCCCACUGUUCUUCAAAGGAUCCUUACUAUGACCUCAUUUUUUCUUAUCAUUUUGAUAUCUUUUUUUAUUUUAUUUUCUAGAGUACUUAAUAAUUAUUGAACUUAUGUUUGGCAAAUGGAAUCCAUCAAAAUAUCUUACAUUUAUCGCAAAAAAAGAAGAGAGUGUGGGUUUGUUUAUUGAGAUGUGCACAGGCUCCUAACGCCACAUUAUUGUAACUUUAUGGCAUAGAAAUGGACUCUAAUAGAAUACAUGUUCAGUUUCUGGGUCACGGAGUCACUUCAAAGAAGGGUUUCCUCACCUUUCAUUGGUUAAGUAAUCUCAACUCCUUUAAAGCUGACUAGCUAAAAAGCAGUCGACGUGGUCACGUGAUUGAGAUUACGUCCCUGAGUGGCCUAUAAUUAUGCUGUUGUGUAGAUAAUACCAUUGACUGUAUAUAGGAACUGGACUGAGCACAUGUGAUGCCACCUAAAUGCCUUACCUCCAACUCCAGCAAAAUGAAGGCAAUUCAAUCACCAUUUUUCUGGGAUACAGUUUUCGCCAUGUUGGAGCUAGACGACAGUGACUAGUCCAAGUCGGUCUGAGUCAAUGUUUCUAUGCCAACUACUGUCCCCAAUCAUGAGUGAGCUUGUCAGAAGUCCAGACCUCUUACACUAAAAGCAGCACGGCAGAAACGUUUAAGGUGGGGGCUGUCUGGAACCACUUGGUUUUAAUAAGGUAUCUGAUUGGUCAGUUUAUAACUUGCAAUCAUAGACCAUUUAAUAAGAACUGGACAUAACAAGCAUUGAGGUCCCCCGUAGGAAAAGCAUUACCUUCGGCUCUCGCCAAACCAGGCCAGAGAUUACU